CAGUGCCCUAAUCCGCGAUGCGCUCGCAGCAUCUGUCGAUCGUCCAUAGCCUUCUCACUCUAUCGUUGCUGCAAAGCAACAAUGGGAACGUUUAUUCCAUUUGAUGUCAACUCAAGGUCCCUAGACAAUGUUGACUGGUCCAAGACCGCCAUCGGACCGCGGGACUCGUGGUCUCCCGCGCUCAAAUGUCUCGUCAACUCCUGCGUCCUGCCGAUGACCCACUGCUGCGCCAUCUUCUGGGGCAGUGAGCUUACAGUCAUCGCAAAUUCGACAUGGGGCAAAGCGCGCGGGAAUCUGGACGGGCAGGGCACCAGCGCAUUACGAACCUACAAAGCAGAGGCACUUAGCACUUUGCAGCGAGUACUGCGCGGCAGAACCGUCAAGGUAGAUGCCAGAUUCUUCCUACAAAAUAUCAGCGGUGAGGAUGAAGAGUCGCAAAUCCUCCUCAGCACCCUUCUUGAUGCCGACGGAAACCGGCAGGGGGUGCUGGCGCAGCUCAUGCAAAACAACACAGUAGAGAAGUACACCGCACUGGAGGGCCUAAGCAAACUGGCCCACCGAAAUCCAGCGAAGACCGACAAGAGAUACGGCAGCGACAAGCCUGACGGACAGCCCAACGAUGGACAGAAAGAUGCUAUGCAAACACAGCUAUUCCAACGAUUUGCCGAGCUACUUCCCAACGGUCUUGCGAUUCUUGACAAAGAGCUUGAAGCCAUCUUUGUCAACGAUGGAUUCUUCCGACUCACGACGAAUAAGAUGGCGAACGAGUUCCGCGCAUGGCCUGAAAGCAUCCAUCCCGACGACUAUGACAGAGUGAUGACCGCUUAUCGCAAAGCAUUCUCACUUCGAGAAGACCUCAGGAUCGAAUUCCGAUGCACGAGCGAAGCCACCGGUGAAGCGGGGGAAUGGAGGUUGUUCUUGUUCAGACCUCUCAGCGAGGAUCCCGAGGCUGGGUUCAUAUGUGCGGUAGUCGAUAUCACCGAGAUCAAGCAAGCUGAAUUAGCUCAAGAGAAGGCUGCAACUGAAGCCCAGGACAGGAAGGAGCAACAAGAACGCUUCAUCGACAUGGUCUCCCACGAGAUUCGUAACCCGCUCAGUGCUGUCAUGCAUUUGGCUGAAGAAGUCAAGGAAGUCAUUCGCGAGAUUGGCACAACCCACGAGGACAUAAAAGAGCAGGUUUCUGAUAUCAUGGACGCUGCCGACACGAUCUUACUCUGCGUCUCACACCAGAAUACCCUUGUCGAUGACAUUCUUUCCUUCUCGAAGCUGGACUCGAUGAUGCUGUCUCUGGUCCCACGCGUGGUGCGACCCAAGUGGGAAUUCUCACAAUCCCUCAAAGUUUUUCAAUCCGAGUUCAGAGCCAAAAGCAUCAAAUUCCACUAUGCCAUGGAUAUCUCAUACGACGAUCAGUCAGUCGAUCAUGUCAUUGCAGAUCUCAACAGAAUGAAGCAAGUACUAGUCAAUCUUAUAACAAAUGCAGUCAAGUUCACAUCGAGAAAGACAGGUGAACGGAAGAUCACUGUCUCUAUGGGAGCCUCGAUAGAUCGUCCCACGUCGUAUCCUCCCAACGUAAUAUACUUCGGCCAGGAUAAAGAAACAUUCCACAUCGACUCUACCAGGUCUUCUGAGUGGGGGGAUGGCGACGCGUUCUAUCUUAUGGUGGCUGUUAAGGACUCAGGUAUCGGUAUCAGUAAGGAAGACCAAGCCAAGUUGUUUGAACGCUUCAGGCAAGCAACCCCAAAAACACAGGAGAAGUAUGGCGGGUCUGGAUUGGGUCUUUUCAUCUCGCGCAAACUAUGUCAAUUGCAUGGAGGAGAUAUCGGUGUCAGCUCGAAGGAGGGAGAUGGGUCUACCUUUGGCUUCUUCUUCAAGGUUCGACGGUCCGACGGGGCCAGCAAUGAAGACGGACGGCCGCCAUUUGGAUCUCGUUCAAACUCCGAAGCCCCUGCGACUCCGGACCAACGAUCUCAAACACCUCGACCCGGCUAUAGCCGCGCAAAUUCCAAUCUUCAAGAUAUCAAGGAGAGGACGAACGAACGAGGCAGGAAAGAGAUCAAGAUGGAAGCUAAAGAAAACGAUUCAGCGAGCAAAGCUAAGAAAGACGAAAGCAAAAACGAGCACAAACGCUCGGGCCUUGACGAGCAAUUGACAAGUCAUGCAGAUGACAUCGAAUCACUGAACAACCCUCCCACGGAGUACUUCCCAGAAGCGCACCCCGAGUCCAACGAGGACAGUCGUUACAAAGAGACCAAGACCAUUGCCCACCAAAUUAACCCUCCUGUAGAAGGCCAUGAUGAUGCUAUACCUUACUCCGAGUCCGGGGAAAGCGUGCGCCAGGGAGCGGCAGCUGACAAAGCACACAAGGCACACAGUGCUCAACAAAAGGACGACAAGCGUACCCUUCUCCUUGUCGAGGACAACCUCAUCAACCAAAAGGUACUUCGUCGGCAACUGCAAAGCCGGGGGUUUGAAGUCUUCGUUGCGAACAAUGGUCAGGAAGCCAUCGAUGCAGUAGCCAAACGUGGUCAAACAGCUGCCGAAGACCUCAACAACCGGAAUUACUUCGAUUGCAUUCUUAUGGAUCAAGAGAUGCCUAUCAAGGAUGGCAACCAGGCCACAUCCGAGAUCAGACAGCUUCAGAACGAGGGCAAGGCUGGAUUUAGCAAGAUUCUGGGUGUCAGUGCGAACGUCCGCGAAGCGCAACGUGACAGUAUGCGGGAAGCAGGCAUGGAUGACCUCAUCAGCAAGCCCUUCAAGGUGGACGCUCUGGUCGACAAGAUCGAUGAACUUACCAUCAGUAGCAAAGACGUCAAUGGCGAAGGCGGAAAACUUUCCAACGAAGCUAAGCGAACCCCGAGUGGCGAGCAAUUGAAGAACGGCGAGCCAUUGGUGAAAGGUGAGAAAGAGACGAAAGAGAAGAAGCGAGAGCAAACCAGCGGCAGAAUGAUUGAUGGCGAGAAGAAGGAAGAGAUGUUUGGCAAGAAGCAGGGGGAGAAUGUAGGAAAGGAGCAAGACGGGGCACGCGAACAGAAGGGACUAGUAGGCGAACCCAAGGCGUGGGGGAAUGCGAAGUACGACCAGGCCAACUCGAUUUCGAAACCAGAGGCAAAGCAUAGCAAAAACAGUCAGAGCAAAGAGAAGUCUGGGACCAACCAGCGGAGUCCUCAGAUAUCGGAUGCGAUGGAGGAGAAGACGAGGAAGGGACUUGAGCAGAAGGGGUAGCGCAUUAUAUUCUUGUUGCUUGCUAGGGAUUGCAUCGCAUGGUGUUCAGAGCUUUACGGCACCAAAAUCAAGGGUGGCGGAAUUGCGCUUGUGGGCUGGAUGUUACGACGGAUCAUGAUGGUACAGCUUGAUUUCCCCUGAUUCAAUAUCAGAGUAUGGUCCGAAUCUUUAAACUCGCUCGUUCGAUUUGGCGACUGGCAGAAAACCUCAUCCGCCGUUGCGUUGGCUGACCUCCGUGUAGUCUCUCCCACUGGAUGCACGCAGUUCCCAACAUUUGGGAAAAGUCAACUCGGUCGUGGAUAUUGUAGUGCCGAG